UAAGCCUGUGAAGUUUUCUGUUAGCAUUUCACGCUUCGCCCUUCGUGGAUUAUUCUGGUAUUGUUUGGGGCUGUAAAAAGUGUUGUAUAUAAACCUCCUGCAUUAGGGCUUAGUGUUAAGUCAGUCUCCAUUUGGAAAAGUAAGAUGUUGCGGAGGCUUCUUGUGGUGCUGCUUGUAAGCUGCCUGGCCGCUUCCUCGCAGUUUGACAGAUAUAAGAUAUAUGACAUUAAACCAAAAAGUGUAUCGGAUGCUGACUUCCUGCAUCAAAUCUCCGUUCAAAAUGGAUAUGACGAACUACACAUUUCUCGUGUCCUGGACAAGCCAGCUAAAAUCAUGGUCGCUCCUGAACAACAAAAGGAAUUUGAAAGACUUCUAAACGAGCGUGGAAUGAAGUUCGAGAUAACCAUUGACGACGUUUCCAAACACUUUGGACAGAAUAACCGAAGUAGACAGGCUCCCCUUCCACGGUCGGGACGCAUAAGUUUUGAUAGGUACUACCGCCAUGAUGCCAUUAACAGCUACCUUCAGGAAGUUGCUGCAAAAUAUCCAAAAUAUGCCAAAGUUGAAACUGUCGGGAAAUCAUAUGAGGGUCGUGAGAUGAAAACCAUUCACAUUAGUAAUGGAGAUGGUAACUCAAACAAGAAAGUAAUUUUCGUAGACGCUGGUAUUCACGCUCGAGAAUGGGUCGCUCCAGCAGCCGCUUUGUAUAUUAUUGACCAAUUGCUCGAAAAUAUGGACGAAAAUAAAAACCUUCUGACCAACUUCGAUUGGCUCAUUCUUCCUUCGGUCAAUCCUGAUGGAUAUGAUUACACCUCUACGCACACUCGGAUGUGGAGGAAAACUCGCUCAAAGGGUCUGCUAUGCUACGGUGCUGAUGCUAACAGGAACUUUGGCUUCCACUGGGGAGUUGUAGGAGCAUCUAAUUCUGGAUGUGAUGAUACAUAUCGGGGACGUUCAGCUUUCUCAGAAAUAGAAUCACAAGUCGUUCGGGAUAUUAUGCUUAGCUUGAAGGGACGUGGAAAAUUCUACCUCACCCUGCAUUCAUACGGCAAUUAUAUCCUUUACCCAUGGGGCUGGACCAGUGAUCUGCCCGAUACUUGGAGGGAUCUGGAUGAAGUAGCUUCUGCAGGUGCCAGCGCCAUCCAAGCAGCUACAGGUGGCAAGUAUACCUAUGGAUCUUCAACUAAUACCCUUUAUCCGGCAGCUGGUGGUAGUGAUGACUACGCUUUUGCUGAGGCUGAUUUUCCUAUCUCUUUCACAAUGGAACUACCCGGUGGAGGCAGUGCCGGAUUUGAUCUUCCAGAAAGUCAAAUAAAUGCGGCUGUAUCAGAAGCUUGGAUUGGAAUCAAAGCCAUGGCACUAAAAGUAAAUGACAAAUAUGCGUAGAUAUGCAUAAUUGAUAUAGUUUUCUUAGAGAAAACGUCUUACUCUGAAGAGUUGAUAAGAAUAAUAAAAAUGACUCAAAUUCAAAAUAUCUAAA